AUGACCGAACAAGCUGCUGCGGUACUCGCGAUAGCCAAUAGCCUGUUUGGCCCGCAAUCGGAAUUUAGCUACACUACCGACGUCAAUCCUUAUGAGGGAGGAGAAUAUCGUAUCUACGCGCUUUUAGUCGAGCAGGGCGACCGAAGAGUUUGUUUUCGGAUCCCGAAAAGCCCUUACAACGCGAACACCAGAUUUCUUGUCGAGCAGGAAAUUGAGUUCCGGCGGCUCAUCGAUGCUGGUCCAAUUAAAUGCUUCACCCGGAUGAUAGCCUCGGACCCGACGGCCGACAACCCACUCGAGACAUGCUACUUGAUCCUCGAGUGGGCACAUGGGAACAAAAUGCUGUGGUUCGAUUAUAUUCCGGCCAGCGAGAGGCAUCGGCCACUCGAGUGGAUCACCGCCAGAAUCGAUCGCAAGAUCGCCCGAGCUCAAGCAGGCACAUACAAUGGUACGUUGACCUCAUGUCAAGAACAAAAAGAGCUCAUUGCGAAAUAUUGGAUUCCUGAGCUCGACGCAUCACCUCAUGUGUUUGUUCAUGGUGACAUUUCUGGCAACAAUAUCAUUGUAAACCUCGACUAUGACGUUCAGAGCGUAGUCGAUCUUGGCUGGGCCGAAUACAGGCCGCUACAGUUCGCAGCAGAGUAUCCCAAGUUUCUUACGCAUGAACCUACCGAAGAUGCAGAGGGAGCGGUGACGUGGAGAUCAGCGGACAGCGCGCAGAUGAGGGAAGAUCGAGCGUUCUAUCUGAGCUGUAUCGAGGCGAGGGCGGAGAUCCAAGGUGGGAUCGUGCAAGGCUACUACAGGAUCUUGGCACGGCCAGAUGAGGUUGCGAGGUAUUGGUGGUAUGUUUCUGCAGGUUGGCUUCACGCUCAUAGAGCCAUGUCGGCUUGUGGAUGGGAACCUCCAGUGAAAUGAUGGUGAGGAUCUCAUGAAGGAGACGUGUCGAAUAGUACACAUUGUACUGUAUCAGCUCAAGAGAUUGAACGAAGUGAGGCUGUCGCUACUCAGGCGGAAGACAGUAUCAUCUCC